GCUGCCUCCGUCGCGCUCCCGGAAGUUCUGCUGCUGCUAGGCCGGUUUGUUUGUAAGUGGCCGAAAACAACAUGGCGGCGGCAGAGCGCGCACGGGGCGGAGCGGGGCCGGGGUGGCCCCGGGCUUCGGCCUCUGUCACGGAGCGUCCUGUGUCCCGGGAGCUCGUGCGGCCGUCGGUGACGGAGCUGUCCCGGGCCGUGCGGACCAACAUUCUGUGCACGGUGCCCGGCUGCGGCAAGGUCCUGCCCAACAGCCCGGCCCUGAGCAUGCACCUGAGCAAGGCCCACCGGGUCCAGGAUGGAAAAAUAAAUGCAUCAAUAAGAAAGGGUUUGAAAACUACACAGAAAUUCUACUGCUGUCCUAUUGAAGGCUGCCCUAGAGGACCAAACAGACCAUUUUCCCAAUUUUCACUUGUAAAACAGCACUUUAUGAAAAUGCAUGCUGAAAAGAAGCACAAAUGUGAUAAAUGUAGCAACUCGUAUGGCACGGAAUGGGACUUGAAACGACAUAUAGAAGACUGUGGCAAGACUUUCCAGUGUACUUGUGGGUGCCCUUAUGCCAGCAGAACAGCAUUACUGUCUCAUGUUUACAGAACUGGCCAUGAGAUCCCUGCAGAGCACAGGGAUCCACCUAGUAAGAAAAGGAAAAUGUGCACUGUGGUUUCCAAUCAGCACUUGGCAGAGAAAGCGAGUGAAGCGUUCAUCAAUGCACGCAUCAGUAGUACUUGCACUCAGGAAUUGGAAUCAUCUGAGAUGAAGCUAAUGGCCUCCUUUGAAGGCUCCUGCAGUUCUAAUAUCAGUAAGCAAACGCUCUCACAGCCAAAGUGUACACCGAAAAUGCUUUUGCCAAAGCCCAAAGUAGCUUUGGUUAAACUUCCAGUAAUGCAGUUUGCUCACUUGCCUAUUUUUGUAUCAGCAACAGAUUCCUCUGUCAAACCUGUUGUGGUGGCUGUUGAUAAUCAAGGCUCUGUUAUGAGUACUGUUCACUUAUUACCUCAGUCUAUAGGAAUUCUGAUACCAGCAUUAGAGGCUGAAGCACUUGUAUUUAAAAACACUGUGCCUAUUUCAAAAACGGCAAAUUCUGGUGAUGUUGAACCGAUUAGCAACAGUGUCCAAGUCAAUUUGAGUAAGGUAACAUCAAAUAAUACAGUACAAGAGCUGGGGAGCAUUUGUCACAAGAAUAAAAUCUCUUCAAUAAAUGUACAAACUGACUUAUCUUACAUUUCACAGAACUUUGUGCCAUCUGCAGCCUGGACUCCUGAUUCUUCUGUAUCCUCUUGCUCUCAGACAGACCUGACAUUCAGUUCACAAAUUUCGCUACCGGUUAGCGUUCAGACUCAGACAUUGUUGCCCAGUUCUAAACUGACUUCAUCCAUAGCUGCCCAGACUGAUGCUUUUGCUCAGGCUUGUUUCCAGUCAUCUGGCGUUUCUAGAGAGACCCAAACCAACAGAACACAGAACUGUAUUGAAGAGAGAGUACAAAUGGACCAGGCUGUAAUGUGCAAUGACAUUUUUGACAGUGUUCAUUCGGUUUACAAUGUUUCAACCCAGAUUGGGCUCCCGGAAAACAAUUUAAUGGCUGCAAACAUGGAUCAAGGAUUGCUACAAAGAAGUAACUGCAAGACCCUGAGUCAGGAUACAAUAAAAAAUGAAUCCAUUAUCAACUUCAAUACACAGACUACUAUACUCCCACAGCAAAAUAUGACGGAUAAUCAAACCCAGACAAUGGACUUACUAAGUGAUCUGGAAAACAUCUUUUCAGGUAACAUGCCUGGUCAGACAUUGGAUAAUCGUGGUCUUUUGUCUGACACUAGCUCUGGUGCUGAUACACAUCUGCCAUCUGGCCCUACACAGAGCACGGGAAUAGACUUUGACAUUGAAGAGUUCUUUUCAGCUUCCAAUAUUCAAACCCAAACUGAGGAGAGUGAACUUGGUAACCUGAACUCUGAGCCGGUCUUGGAAUCUCUGGACAUUGAAACACAGACUGACUUAUUUUUUUCGGAUAGUGCCACUCAAUCCUAUAGCUGCAGAGGAAAUUCUAACUUUUUAGGUUUGGAAAUGUUUGAUACCCAGACACAGACAGACUUAAAUUCCUUCUUAGACAGUAGCACCCAUUUGCCUUUGGGAAGUAUUUUGAAGCAGUCCAGCUUCUCCAUGAGCACUGACUCGUCUGAUACUGAAACCCAGACAGAAAUACCCUCUGCUGCUAAACAUAUAGCUAGUCAAAAUAUAGAAAAUAAAGUCCAGCUGAAUAGUGCUGAAACACAGACUAUGGAUAGCUGCUUUGAGACCCUUGGAAGCCUAUUUCUUACCAGCAAUGAGACACAGACAGCUAUGGAUGACUUUCUUCUGGCUGACUUGGCCUGGAAUACAAUGGAGUCACAGUUCAGUUCAGUAGAAACACAGACCUGUGCAGAAUUGUGUUCCUUGGUUUGUCAGAAGUUUGGAACAAGCCACUGAGUGCUACUUAAUAAAAUUGUUUUCCUUGUGGUUUGAAACUAAAUUAUUGGGGUGGGGAGCGGGAGAAGGGACUGACCAAGUUAUCUACGUUGAAUGUAGUUGCCCACAUGCAGUUGGUCUAAGAAAACCUUUUCAUGCAUAAGGUACUUCAGCUGUUGUAUAUGUAACUUAAACAUAGAAUAUGUGUACAUGCUUGUAACCUGUUAAUGUAAGUUUGAACUUUAAAGUGAAUGUUCUCGUGGUGCCUACCAUUGUUGAUCUGUGUUACAAAGCUAUAUCAACAUGUCGAUUGAACCUCAGUUUAGGCUUUUAUAUUUGUCUAUACCUAUAUACUUCUGGCUCAGACCUAGGCCUACUUUUGCAUCAAGACAGUAAGCCUAUCUAAUUCUGACACAUCUCGCUCACCAAAAAAGCCCUUAUUGGCAUAAGCUGCUUUUUGUUUUUUAAAGUCUUAAAUUUGACAAGAUUAUCAUAUGGCAAGGUUUACCAGUCCCAUACAAAAAUAGAUGUUGAGGAAUGUAUUAGUAGAUGUAGUUUCCAAGCAGUUGUCCCAAAAAUGAACCUGUAACACAAAUUUGCUGAUUAUUGCGUAUAUAAUUUAAAGUGCAACUAAUGUGGGUAGUGACACUUGUUUUUACUUCUCUCUGAAUUGGUAUAAUCAGCGUUGAUGUUAAGGGGGUAUAAAAAGAACUUUUGAGAUACUUAACUCUUAAAGUUAUUAUGCAGUAACUUCACUGCACAUACUGUAAUAAAACAGACAGCAUACAGGUCUAAAGUAUUUUUGGACUUUUCAAGGAGGGAUUUGUGUUCCUAAACUAUGAUUUUUUUUUAAUUUUUUUUUUCAAGAAACUCUGGUUCUGAUGAAAACAAAAUCAAGGACAUUCUAAAUAUUAGAAUGUCUGUCUGAGUGAAAGAUCAGAAGAAAUCAUCAGGUUACAUUGCAAUUCACCUACCAAUAGCACAGUAUUUGCUAAUUUGAGGAACAGUAUAUUGGUUAUACUAUAACUACCAACCUUACCAAAGACCUUAGGAAACUUGUAAUGACUGAAUUCUCUGAUAUCCUGUUGAUUAAAUUACUACUCUUAAAUCUUACUCUUCUAGAACAAGACUAGGUAGAACUCUGAAAGUUCAGAGUGUUUGAGGCUGCUGACUUCCCUGUAUAGCAGCAGGUACUUUGUUCCUCUGCACAGUGGGCUCUGCAGCCCCUCAUGCCCCUGGCUUCACUGUAAAGCAUUCCCCUUCAGCGGUUACCUGUUAAAAGCUGAUGAUGCUCAAAAAAGUAUGGAGAUUUUCUUCAUCUACUGUCGUCUCCUAUCUGGUCAGUGACAACAGUCAUCUAUUUCAAUGGAGAGGCAGUUAUUCUGAUGUGAAUUUCUUUUCUGUGAGCCAGUCUUCAGCCUUGCAUCACUUUUUUCCCCAUCUUUUAGUAUUUCUGAGGUUACUAACUUUUGUAUUUUCUUGUAACUUUAUUUCAGGAGCAUCCAGUUCUGCCUUGAAGGUCAGUCUGGAAGGCUGGUUGCAGCUGUGCCUUGCCUUAGAGCACCUGUGUGUGCCAUCCAGAAAUCUUUGGAACCGAUUCCAUGCUCCCCUGUCUCCAGUUUAUGGAAAAGGCACAGCUCUGAAGAUCAGCGUGUAAAAGGCACAAUCCUUUAUCUGUGUUGGUAGGAGACUCAAAGUGCAACUGGUUUGCUGCAGCCUGAGUGGUGGUGGCAAUUGCAGAUGGAAUUUGAGGUUCCAUUGAUGUUUGGAGCACUGCAGUGGGGUCAGAAUGUCUCAAUACACUAGCAAGAUCUGUCGUCUUAGUGUGUUGUCAGAGCUUGGCACACUAGAGGAAUUUGUAAUGUUGUGGCCUAGGUUGCCUUACCAUUUCAUCGGAGUAUGGUGAACGUGCAGGGCACUGACAGCACCAUUGAUCUAUCAGGGCUUGCUGUGCCAUUGGAGCUUGAUGCACUAGCAGAUAAUCUUGGAUCACAUCAGAGUUGGGUGCUACAGUGAUACUCUCCCAGCACAGGCACAUCUUGUUCCUACUCGUUCCUGUUCCUACUUCCAAUAUGCUGGGUCAGUGCUAUUUGGUGGCAUCUCAAAACAGAGGCUUGGUGUAUUUCUGGUUAGCAUGCCAGUCGGUAUCUUUGAGGGGACUUGGAGCAUUGGCCUGUUUGUGUACAAACAUACCAGGCAUCGACGCUAUGGAGUAACUUACAUGAUAUACAGGUGCAUUGCCCAGCUGUUCCCCUGCUGCACUAGGCAGAUGUUCACCCAUAGCACUAGUGCCGACGAAGUGAGUUUGAGGUGCUGAUGGUUGGUACACCGUAGAGCCUUCUUUAUGGGGGAGUUCUUCAUGGUGGUGGCUUGAAUUGCUUUGCCUCAGAGCAUUUCAGACCGCCUUUACCCAACCCCAACUUCUGCAUGAUUGCUUGUUGUAGUAGACCAAAACGUUGUUGUGACGGGGAUAGCUUAGUAUGAUGUGCAGUGAAUGUAUUGCAUACCUGAGCUCCCAGGCACACCAAUUCUAUGCCUCUGCAGCCCACUCUUCAGGCCAGUGUUUCAUAGAUGCAUUUUGGGGCGCUGCUGUAGUGUGCCAAUCAGUAAGGCAUUGUCUGUACCUAUCUUGGAGCAUUGGACAGAUGAGGAAGUCAGAUACAUAGACAUCAGUGUAUCAUGGGGCCACUCCCAGGCACAAGAUCAACUUGUUGGAGAGGUUUGCACAUCUGUGUCUGCCUUUGAGAAGAUAAGGUUUGGGCUUUGCACUAAAGCACCCAGCUUGAGCUGUCCAGUGGCCUUGAGUCCUGCAGCCUUCAUAAACUGAGAGGAAGCGUGAGACAUGGUGUUCUAACUGGGAGUAUUUGCCAGUAGGUGGCAGAUACCAGUUAAGACCAUAGUGAAACUUGAAUUUUGAUUUUUGCAAUAGUAUUCUGGUACUUGUGAUUGGAUGUACCACAAGACAUGAUUUCAGUGGGCCUGAAGUCCAAGGAGGAACAAAAUACAUAAUUCAUAUCGACAAAUGAUGAAGACUGAGCCUGUCUCCCUUAACUGUGGUCACCAGACCUUCAUUCAAAUUCCAUUAAGUCAAAGUAUGCAGCUUCCUGUGCUGUCCAAUUGGUAGUUGCCUUUAGAUAACCACAUUCUCUACUUGUAGAUGUCUUUGGGAUGCAUGUUGGCUACAUGAGCUCAUUGCAGUCUCUGGUCUCUUCUUUGGUUGUCUUGGGGCAUGUUUACUAAUCUAGGGUCAUUACUGAACUCUAGAGUUUUGGCUUCUCUUUCAGACUUUUGUAUCUUCUCCUCAAUGUUGUGUGUUGCCUCUCACUAAGCUGAUGUAUGUCCAGUUACUUUAUUGACUAGAGGAGUAACCCUUUUGGCUGCAGCAGAAAGGAAGAGGCUGGAUUAAGCACUCAGCAUAUCCCUGCAAGUAUAUCCUUAGUUGGUCAUUUUAAAGGUCAUGUGCAGAUCCCAGAGCAACUCCUUAGCACAUUUUGUUCACUGGUGGUAAUAAGGACCCAAGAUCCUGCUUUCAGUUUUGCAAAGGAACACUUGCUUACCCACAGGAAGAGGGGAGGUAUUGGGCAUAUGUUUGACACUAAUCAGUCACUCAUCUGUGUAGAAGUUUUUGUUUCUGGAGUCCUGAUGGAAGUGAUCUAUAGCCCGUCCUUUCUGGGCACAGCUCCCAGCCCAAAACUGAGAAUGUUUCCCUCUUUACUAUGGAGGACUUAACCAAUAUGCUAGAUGAAGGUGACUGUUCUGUUGCAGGAUAUUACUUUGUCAAAUCAGUCUUUUCUUGGGAAGGCUUUUGACUUUUCCUGCUUUCUUAAAUGUGCUAUUGUCAAGCCAACAGACUCAGCUGGUGGGCAUCUCUGCCCCUACUUGAAAUUGUGUAAUGCAAACAACAGAUCCUUCUACAUACCUGCCUUGUAAUGUGCAUGCCCUAUGCUGCUUGUCACCUGUUUAAUAUCUCCCUGACGUUCUCAGAAGUGGAAGUGUCCUGGAAUUGUCCACAAUCCUGAGUGUACUAAACUGCCUUUUGCUAUUCUAGUUCUCCAUGAUUUGGUGAGUCUGCUGCUUUGUGGAAACUCCCUUCAAGUUUCUUUCCUCUAGAAGCAGGAGCCCAGUCAGCGUGGUAUACUGAGAGAAGAGAAAACUACUUACAUGUAAUUCUGGUUCUCUGAAGAUAUAGCAUGACUGGAUUCCUUCUCACCCAUCCAAUUCCUGUGAGAGACAGAUGAAGUUUGGCUGGAUUCAUCCAUCCUGUCUUUUACUAUUUGUAGCAAUGUUUAUGCUUUGGUUUUAAGAGUUAUUUCCCACUGGCUUACUGUAGAACUAGCGAAUGCAUUUCUUAGUGCAUAGAUGGCUGCGGCCAUCCAACUGAUGCAUUGAUUAUACUGACAUCUCAAAGUGAGAGUUAGAUACAUAAGUUCUCAUAGGUAAUUGCUUCAAUCUCUUGCUCAAAAAAACUAGCAACUGGAGAACAAGCAGGCUGUACGGAGGUGGAACGUACCACCUGCCAUGGAAGAGAUGAUGAUGUGGGGACUCAGCAGCCCUGCACAACUUGACAUUUUGGAAGUUUAGGCUUUGUUCCAGAAGCCCAAAACUCAAGAGUGGGGAUCAAUUUCUGUGACAUGUUCAGUGUGUGGAAUUACAGCAGGUAAGUUUCCCACUACUAGCCCCCCAAGUACUACUAGCCACCUCACAGGCUCGUGAUGCCGAGCUGCAGGUUAUCCUUUCUUUGGUUUAAGCCUAAACCUUUUUACAAAGGGGUGAAUUGUGCAUGCACUGUUACCAGUGACUAUGGCCUAAAGGAAACCAGCAGCAUUUUUCAAUAGAAAUUAGUUUACACUGCUGGUUCCCAUGAACAGUUGUCUUAUUUCAGUUCUCUAAAAUAUGCAGUUACAGAGCACAGUAAUAUGACAGGGCUUCAAUGCUGAAUUUGGCCCCAUUUCUCCUAGCCCCGCAGGAUUAACAUUUGGCUAUUACCUUAAAUGAGUAUGGUAUUAUCACAAUUUGAAUUUGUUAAAUAAAAUCCAGUGGCAUGAAAACAAUUAAACAGUAAAUAUACCUUGUUUUGAUGGACAUGGGUCACUUUAGUCCCAGAGUUACCUACAGUCAAAACAAAUGUGAUGUGUUCAUUCUGAUUGUAGAAAAUUAUUUACAUUGGAAAUUAUGAAAAUGGGGCUGUGGAAAAUUCCUUACACGAAAGGAAUGGAUUCCACAUCAUUAAGAUAUCCCUAGUUCUGGAUUUAUUAAUUAACACUUGUAAUAGACGAGAGAGGUCACAACCGAAUUUGGCCCUGUUGUGCUAAGCACUGAACAAAUACAUUAAAACUUGAUUUGAAAUCUUCAAUGAAUAUUUUUCUCUUCCAAACUAAUUUUUUUCUUUUUUCAAUUUCAAUUUUUCUUGCAUUGCCCUUCCAAAAUGAUUUGCACUACCUUAAGUGUGUCAGUCAGCAAAACUGAUUUUAUGCAGGAUUCUUUCUCAGUAUUGUUAACAGUGACUUAGAUGUUUCACUACCCUUUUGUUGGCUGUAAUGGGCUGGCUGGUGAAUAAAGGGAGACUUUGUUUUUGGUACCCAAAAUAGCCGAUGGUUUUCCCCAUAGCCUCUCCACACAGACUUUUUUCCAAAUAGUCAUACUUGCACAUCCUGCUUUAUCCCAAUUUCUCACCCUUGCAACUAUUGGAUCUCACAAUUUUGUGUUAGACCACUCUGAACUCCACUCAAAUGGGCUGUGAUUGGUCACCUAAUCAUGCAUCACAUGACCUGUUUGUUUGUGGGAAAAACUUGAAUGUAGGAUUUGCCACUAUGGCUCAGCCAACUGGUUAAUCAAAUCCAGUAUUCUACUGCAGGCAAUGCUUAUUACCUGAUCUUUCAAAGGAAAAUGAAAAACCCUAAAAUGCUCUAGGGCCUGAUCCAAAGCCAUUGGAAUAGAUAGUAUCUCCAUUGCUCUCAGUGGGCUUUUGGAUCAGACCUUUAGAAAACCAUAUAAUACUUUUCUCUCGGCCAGAGAUGAAUUCUUCCCUGGUCUGUCACAAUCAUUUUACUGUGCCCUGAAGCAUGAGUUAAGAUGAAGGUGCUCUACUUUCCUUGGCUGGCUGUAAAUAAAGUUGAAUGUUAUCUUGUCUGUCUAAAGCAUCCAGUUUUUCAAAGGGUGGUAAAAGCAAUCCAGAGACAAGUCUAUAUUGUCUCUUGGAUACAUCCACAUAACCCUCAUGGCAUGCAGAUUCCCUGAGAGAAACACCAGGGACAAAACAUUUAAAUAGAGGAGUAAUGCAAUUGUGGACACUUCUAACUUAUGUACAUUAGAGAUUUGGAUGCUUUUAUUGUAAAUAGGGUAUUUUGCAUCUACCUGGGCAGAGAAGUGGCAUACUGGUAACGUGCAUGUACGUAGCUAUUUGGACAUGAACAUAUGCAUAUAUCAACUUCAAAACAAAAAAACUGGCUUUAGCUUCUGAAAGAAUACUGACACUUGUAUGCAAAUUAAACAUAUUGCACUUUCAUUCAUUAACACAAAGGAGACAUAAACAGAAGUGCACUUUUUCAGGGCGCAGCCCCUUUCUUAUAUUCUUCAGAAUAUAAGCAAAAAGACAGCUGAAAAACUAGAUAUGUCAAACGUAACAAUGAGUUGCCUUGCAUUUUUAUUGGUGUCACUAUAUAUUGGUAAAAGUUUACGUUAAGCCCUGAUAACAGAGAGGAGGCAUGUUUGUUUAUACUAUGGAGAUAUGCAGGCACCCAUUUAUGUGUAUACACUUGUAAAUACUUAUUUGAGCUAUUUGAUAGCAUGAAAAAACACUUUGUUUAAAUUGCAGGGAAGUGUUUGUUUCCUCAGCCUGACAGAAAUUGGCAGUCUAGGAUAAAUUGAAUUCUCUUAAAUAUACAUGUACACUUUUAUGUACGUAAAGUAGCUGCUGUGUAGAAACUCUUCUCUUCGACGUUAUCUGAAAUCCUAAAGCAGCAUAAAGCAUUUAUAUUCAGUUAAGAGUUAAACAGCUUAAAGAAACUAAGACUGUAAAACUGGUCAUGCUGAACUUGUUCAAGCUAUAAACCAUUCCAGAUCCACAUCUGUUUUUUCCCAAUUUACUUUUUUAUAAAUUUCCCUUGAAAAUGUGACCUCCAAGUACACACGUGCCAUGCCUUUUUUAAAAGUCUAAAUUCUGCUGUUACUCAUGUGUACAUAUAAAUUACCUUUCAGAGUAGCAGCCAUGUUAGUCUGUAUCUGCAAAAAGAAAAGGAGUACUUGUGGCACCUUAGAGACUAGCAAAUUUAUUUGAGCAUAAGGUAAUAGAGCAUGUUUCUAACUUAACAAAAUGACUGUGUUCUGCUAUUUUAGGUCCUGGUCCUGCCAGGUACAUUUUGGUACAUUUUUAACGUUAAGCAUGUGAAUAAUGUAAUUUAUUUCAGUGGUACUGCUCACAUUCUUAACUUUUAAGUGCAUAUGUGUUGGAAAGGUUGAGGUUUUAAAUUAAAAGGUUAUCUAAUAUAAAAUCACGGGUGUAGAAUGUACUUGAAUAAAGCAUGGAUGUGCAUAAUAUGAGUAUGCUUUGUUCGGUCAAUGUAAAUCAUUCUUCAUUUGCUAAAGGAAUAUCUGGUGCUGAAAUUACAACACUGAGGUCAACCAAAUUAUAUUUAAAUGAUCUUUUAUCAUGAAAGUUGCUCAGAGUAAUUCUCCAGUUUCCUUUGCUUUAAUCUAAUUUGGGGAUGCUCUUUGUCAUUUUGACAACACAAUCUGCACGUGAAGAUUUCUGUUGUUCCAAAUAAACAUACUCCAAAAUGUCAAUUUUGAGGUGGGCCUUUGAGUCUCACUUUGAUUUGUUGAAAUAUGCUGCUGUGCUUGUGUUUCAACAAACCUACUGCAAACAGGCUUUCAUUCCUAAUGCUCUCUGUAAACCUAGGUAGUAAAUAUCCAGGGGUAGGGGGUAUGUUAGUGACCAUGCACUUCCAUGCAUGGAGCAUAUUUGCAGGAAUUUCAGUGGUUCUCAAAAUCUCUGAAGCUUUUUUUAAACUAGUUGAUGUGAAUUAAAGUCUACAUGCUUGAACGGCAAACAAGUCAGUGGAAGGAUUUGCCAGCCUACAGCUAGAGUGAGUACUAUUAUUAAAAUUCCUUUGCUAUGCAAUUAGUAGACUCAAAGGGCCAGAUUGUUCAACUCUGUAUUGACCUGCAUUCAGGUUGAUGUAAAGUUUGUCUGUUUGGUAUGUGCAUCACUCUUCCAGUUCACCAAGAACUAGAGUAGUGGACAUCCCCAAAUGAGUUUUCUGCUACUUAAAAAUAUCAGCAAUCUGCUGAGCAGUUUCUGAUUUAUACAGUCCCAUAAAUCAUCCUUUAUACUGCCUUUAGGUGGAAAACAUUAGAUAACUUCAGAAGCAAUACAUCAAGUGGAUUAGUAAGUUUCAAACAGUGGCCUCCAUUUUGGAAUGUGCAGUUUUGCCAAUGCAUGUUUCAAGCACUGGGUUGCAGAGCAGACCGUACUCUACAUAUAUUUGCAAGAGCACAUAUGGAAGGGGUGGGCUAUGAGCCAUGUUUUCAACAGGCCUUAUUUUCAUUUUUAACCACUUAUUAGAAUUUAGCCACUGAUUAUGUUUCACUUACAUUUAAAAUUAUUUGGAAUGGAUCAGCACAAAACUCCAAUACGCUUUGGAACAGACUCAUCCAUGGAGUAGCUAGAUUUGUCAACCACAUUUGAAAUAUCAUCAGAAGAGUCUGUUUCAUCCCCUCACUGUAUGAUGUUUGAGCUUCUAGUCGGGUGACCAGAUAGCAAGUGUGAAAAAUCAGGAUGCAGGGUGGGGGUCAGCAUUUAUAGAAGAAAAAGCCCCAACUAUCAGGACUGUCCUUAUAAAAUCAGGACAUGUGGUCACCCUAGCUUCUAGUGGACAAACUUCUGUUUCAGAAGGAUGGUCCUAUUUGGCUUUUGCCAUUUUAGCCAAUUAAAUUGUAAUAAACAGCCAGAACAAGUGGUUUUUUUGUUUUAUAUAAAAUUUACAAGUGGCAUCCCAAAGAAGAAAUGUCUUAAUAGUGGUGAAACUGUUUAGUAUAAUGCAUGCAAAAAAAACCUGUGCCAAAAGUUUUUUUUUUUGCAUUUGUCUCAUGUUACCUUCUAAAGUUGUACUGUUACAUACAUAAAGCUACAAGUAAGUUAUUCGUAAGUGUUACAAUGCUUUUCACCAAUGAAGAAUUUCAGUAAUCUUGUAAAUGAUGCAUAAUAGUUGGAGUAAAGUUAAUUUCAAUCUGA